CCACCAUCACCCAACAACGACUGCCCAAAAACCUCUUGCAAAAAAUCCCAUCUUCAGAAAAGGGGCUCACAAUUUACCUUCGCGCCCGUCAAAACAAACUCCCCAUCCACCAGCGACACAACCAUGCCCCCAACUCCGCCUUCCGACUCGAGCGCUGGCAAGAAGGCUUCCAACCCGACCGCUUCCCGCUCUCGCUUUCCAAAAGCAGGAUCGAUCGCUCGCGGCUCUACUUCCGCAUCUACUUCGUCUCUUAGCCUUAAAACUUCAAACAACGCGCACACCCGCAGAGGUAGUAAUGGAAUUCGGAAACCGACAGCAACAGCAGCGGGGAGCGUUCUGACAGCUGGCCCGAUGGGACCCCCGGCUGGAAAGAAAUCCGUGAACGAGAAGUUUGAUAACCUGUUUUUUAAAUCUCCUGUUCCACGGGCUAUAAGCAAACUCUUAUCCAAUUCUCAAUCUACAAGUAUCACCAACAACAACCCCGCGGUGCCAAGUUCUCUACGCAGGAGCAUCGGCGCAGGUCCCAGCACCUCUGCCUCUACGACUGCUGCCUCCACCACCGCUGCCCCUGCCGCUGGCCUGAAAAAGGCCAGGAACGCAAUAACCAAGAAGCCUACCACGACCACUCCUGCGAGCACUGGAAAAACCCAAAAACCCAUCAAGCCUACUACCACCACCACCUCAGGAGCCAAUGGAGCCGUGUCCGUAAACUUCACCCUGCCAAACGACGGCCAAGAUCAAACUCUAUCAGCCCCAAUGGGCGAAUCUAGUGAGGGUGAUGACUGCGACGACGGCGAAGACGUAAUCCCCGCCCGGCCAGUCACCGGACCAACACCAAUGCCGCCGGCAAAGGCAAGCCUAAGGUCCUAUGCCAUCCCCGGAACCCCGGAAAAGCUACCAAUUGCGACGAGAACAAACUCAGUGCGCGGUACUAAUGGGAAACAUGUUAAGCGCACAAAGCAAGCCCAGAAGGAGAGCGCAGAGGUGAAGGAGGUUGUGGAGUCGCCUAAAGGCGUCACGAGGAAUACCACUAGCUCCAGAGCUCGCGCGGCUGCGAAUUCUGGUGUAGGCGGGAAGAGUAGUAUAAAGGCUGGAGAGGCGCAGGUGGGAAGGACGUCCAUUGCUUCCGUCGGGACCGCAGCUGCGGCUAUGCCGACCACACCGGCUGCUCCCCCUACUACUAGAGAAACAAGAAGUUCCGGACUAUCUUCUCUACUCAAGAGUCAAGCUAGGGGUCAUAUCAACGCAUGGGCAGAAGCACGGAAAAAAAGGUCCACUGAGCUUGAACCCGCGAGAGAGUGCGAGAAAGGAGCAAUAAUACCGCCAACUCCAGAAGUACACAUUCCAAUCCACACCCGCUCUUCAACCACCAAAGAGGUAACCCCUCCACCCCCUAACUAA